AUGGCGCAAAUCACUCUUCAGAACGUCCUGAAAGCGGCAUAUGCUGUUGCCCUUGUGGCAGGUACCGUGUCUGCCAUUGAACUGGACAUCAAGAAUGAACAGUCCAUCAAAAAUGCGGCCGCAACCGCCGUGUUCAACACUAUGCAGCACUACGACGGGAACAAGACCGGCGGGAUCCCAGGUGUCCUCCCCGAGCUUUGGGGUGAGGGCGGGAUUCUCUUCAACCUGAUGAUCCAAUACUGGUAUUUCACCGGCGAUGCCUCCAACAACGCCGCAGUUAGCCAGGGCAUGUAUCAACAAGUUGGCAACAACAACAACUACAUGCCGUCCAACUAUAGCUCAUACAUGGGUAAUGACGACCAGAUGGCCUGGGGUCUCGCCGCAAUGACAGCUGCGGAACUGGGCUAUCCCGAGGAUACCGACCAGACCUCGUGGUUGACCCUUGCUGAGGGUGUCUUUAACACCCAGGUCGCAAGAUGGGAUACCAGCAACUGCGGCGGUGGACUGCGCUGGCAGAUCUGGCCUUACCAGGCGGGAUACAACAUGAAAAACUCCAUCAGCAACGGUGGCCUGUUCCAGCUUUCUGCCCGAUUGGCUCGGUACACCAACAACCAAACGUAUGCGGACUGGGCGGAGAAGAUCUGGGACUGGAGCGCCAGCGUUCCGCUCCUGAACAACAAGACAUGGAGUGUUGCAGACAGCACGGAUAUCGACAACGACUGCACCACACAGGGAAACAAUCAGUGGACAGCGAACUACGGCCCAUAUAUCAGCGGUGCGGCCUAUAUGUACAACUUCACCAACGGUCAGACCAGCAAAUGGAAGUCCGGGCUGGACGGUCUGCUCAACGCCACGCUUGAAGAGUUCUUCCCCGAGAAAUACGGCGGCUUGAUCCUGUCGGAAAUCAUCUGCGGGCCGGAGGAGGUCUGCAACUCGAUUGAGAAUACGUACAAGGGGACCUUCGCUUCGGACUUGACCCUUGCGAGCCUUGUCGCUCCGUAUAUCUCUUCGGAGAUCUCCUCGCGUCUGCAGGCGUCGGCGGUUGCAGCUGCGAAGCAAUGCACGGGCGGAAGCAACCAGACAAUCUGUGGUACUCGCUGGUACUCGGAGAAGUGGGAUGACACAGAUGGGAUGGAGCAGCAGCUCAGUGCAGCAAGCAUCUUUUUCUCGAAUCUGGCUAGAUCUAAUGAGAAAGGGGUUGUUAGUGGAUCGACUGCUAACCUGACCACGGGGCAGAGUGGGACGAACACGACCACCACCAACAGCACCGCUAUUCCUGUUGCUUUGAAUAGUGCCAACCAAUUGUUUCAGGGGCAGCUUGGUACUGUUGCUGGUGCCCUGGCAGUUGCUGUGUCUCUCUUCGUGCUUUGA